CGCGCGCCUGGCGCCGCCCGCGCGCCCUCCGCGCCGCCCGGCCCGCCCAGGCCUCUCGCGAACAUGGCGCUUGUCCCCUGCCAGGUGCUGCGGGUGGCGAUCCUGCUGUCCUAUUGCUCUAUCCUGUGCAAUUACAAGGCCAUCGAAAUGCCCUCGCAUCAGACCUACGGAGGGAGCUGGAAAUUUCUGACGUUCAUUGAUCUGGUUAUCCAGGCCGUCUUUUUCGGGAUCUGUGUGCUGACUGAUCUUUCUAGUCUUCUGACAAGAGGAAGUGGGAACCAAGAGCAAGAGAGGCAGCUCAAGAAGCUCAUCUCUCUGCGGGACUGGAUGCUGGCUGUGUUGGCCUUUCCCGUUGGGGUUUUCGUCGUAUCAGUGUUCUGGACCAUCUAUGCCUGUGACAGAGAGAUGAUAUACCCAAAGUUGCUUGAUAAUUUUAUCCCAGGGUGGUUGAAUCACGGAAUGCACACGACGGUUUUGCCCUUUAUAUUAAUCGAGAUGAGGACAUCGCACCAUCAGUAUCCCAGCAGGAGCAGUGGACUCACAGCCAUAUGCACCUUCUCUGUGGGCUAUAUAUUAUGGUUGAAUGUUGGGGUACAUCAGCCACAAGAAAUCUCCAUGUGGUCUAUUGGACACAGUGAAGUCCCAAGAGUAAGGGUGUGCUGGGUGCAUCAUGUCACCGGCAUGUGGGUGUACCCCUUCCUGGAACACAUUGGCCCUGGAGCCAGGAUCAUCUUCUUUGGGUCAACGACCAUCUUGAUGAACUUUCUGUACCUGCUGGGAGAAGUUCUGAACAACUACAUCUGGGAUACACAGAGAAGUAUGGAAGAAGAGAAAGAGAAGCCUAAACUGGAAUAAGAUCCAGGUCUAAACAGAAAAGCAGGAUUGAAUCACCACUGAGCUUUGUCACCUCCAGCAUCUGCAAUGUAGAACAGAACCUCACAAGAGGCAAUGUCAUCAGCCCCCACCUCCCUGCCCCAGAGGGAGGGCACUUUUUAUACACAAAUAUGCAUACAAAUAGAAUACAGUGCUUUCCAAAAAUACUUUCACCUUGGCUGUGUUUUAAAGAAUUCUUUCCAAAUUCAUUUUUGAUAAUAACAUCUUUUUUCCUUUUCUAGCUUUAAAACUAAAAUUGAUCAUUGGAUUUUCCUUUUUGCAAUUGUAACUCCAUUUAAUCAAGGAGGAAUAAAAUUCUAUUGUGUUUCUUGUUGAGAAAUAUUUCAAGUCAAAGGGGGGUAUGUGGAGCAAGGCAUGAGUGUAUUUAGUCCCAAAGGA